AUGACAAGAAAUCAAACCUUUGUGGUGGAAUUUAUCCUUCUGGGACUCUCUAGCCAGCCGAAGAUUCAGACUGGGUUGUUUGUGGUAUUUCUUACAUUUUACAUUAUAUCGCUGAUUGGCAAUGUAAUUAUCAUCUGGAUAAGCAAGGUGGACCCUCGACUUCACACGCCUAUGUAUUUUUUCUUGAGCAACUUAUCCUUUUUGGAUAUCUGGUACACAUCGAGCAUUGUUCCCAAAAUGCUUGUAAACUUUUUGUCACUGAAAAAGACUAUUUCCUUCAAAGGCUGUAUAAUCCAAAUGUGUAUUCAUCUCACCUUAGGUGGGACAGAAUGCUUUAUCUUGCUAAUGAUGGCCUAUGACCGCUACGUGGCUAUAUGUAGUCCUUUACACUACACAAGUAUUAUGCAUCCAGUUCUGUGCAUUAAGAUGGCAACUGGCUCCUGGAUGGGAGGUUUUAUUAAUUCAUUAAUACACACCGUCUUUGCAUUACACUUGCCAUUCUGUGGCCCUAAUGUAAUUAACCAUUUUUUUUGUGAAGUGCCUGCAGUUUUAGAGCUGGCAUGUGCAGAUGCCUCGCUUAAUAGGUCUGUAAUUUUCUUUUGUGCAGUGUUGGGGGUCUCAAUCCCCCUUUCCCUUAUAUUAGUAACAUAUGUCUACAUUAUCUCCAACAUUCUUAAAAUAAGUUCUUCUACAGGGAGGAAGAAGGCUUUUUCUACCUGUGCUUCACAUAUCAUUGUAGUUUGCUUGUUUUAUGGUACCAUCACAUUUAUGUACAUGAGACCUGGACAACGUCGCGUUCAUAAUCAAGACAAAAUGGCCCCCAUGUUCUAUAGUAUUGUUACCCCGAUGCUGAAUCCACUUAUAUACACUCUUAGGAAUAAUGAUGUCAAAGGAGCUUUGAAGGAAACUAUCAAGAAGAAAAGCUUUGCAAGAAAUUGA